ACACGCAUGCGUGGUUCAUAUGUCUUGCUCAAUGUUUUUGUCAGCUGUGUCGGUGCUGGUGAAGUUUUCAGGACAAAAUGAGAGUGACAGGAACAGCGGUUUUUAUCACAUGCCUCUUUAUUGCUUCAGCGGCCAGCACAGAGUCGUCGCUUCGGCAGCUGAACACGGAGAACAUUCUAAUUAAUGUGACAACAGGGACAUUGGCGGACACGCAUUCGCAGGAGUCUAACAACUUGCAGAUCAAUUUAAAUAUAUCGGUGGGCGAUGAACAGGUGCUGGUCAAUGACAUCCCCGUGGAACUGUCAGGGGUCACAAGGUUCAACUGUCAAGCUCUUCUCUUGGAUAGCGUCAAUGGAAGUAGUGAAUUUGAAUCCGGGGAUUUGGUGUCCACUGUUACCCGGGUGAUGGUGAGCCAGAACCGGCUGUACAGCGACUCAGAGGAGGUGGUGGCUCUGCAGGUGUUCAGCGAAGUGAUAGAGAUGGAGGGCAAAGAGGUCCAGCAGCCCGACAUGUGUGAGGUGAAGAUACUGAUGAGCCCAGACUUCCAGAAGCUAGCCCAGUUUACAAACACUUACCCCAUUGGUCACAGCGAGAUCUUCAGGAUUCCCAGAGAGAAUGAUGUGCUUGUCACAGAUCCACCAAACCCUAGAAAAGAUGAAGACCAGCUGAUAUCCCAGACCACCAGCCAGUACCCCCUGAAGCACACAGACACCACACAGGAGGAGAUUGCAGCUCCUGGGAAGCUCCCAGAGACUCCACUGCGUAUGGACCCUGACCUGCUGUAUGAUGUCAGAUAUGAUGAGGAGUUCAAUGACAGAGAGCCGAGUCAACUGGAUCACAUUCAGAUGGAAACUCCACGUAAAGAGCUGAUAUCAUCUUACUCUGCCAUGUGUCGGUGGGUGGAGCAGCUGAGAGAGCAUCUGAGGCGCUUCUGCUCAGAGUCGCUGCCUCUCUUCUUCCUGGUUAUGUGGGUGGUGGUAAUCGGAGUUGUCGGAUCAGCCGUCAUAGUCAAGAUAUUGGACAUGUUCUUCCCAGCCUGUGAACACAAGCACAUUUUCCACCUGAACACUGUCACGAUGAUGCCAGAGGAUGAGAAGCACACUCUACUGGAGAACAUAGAAGAAGCAGCAGAGGAGGAGGAGGAGGAGAAGCCCUGAAUGAGCCACCAGCUUCACUUUGAGUUUGUUCUUGUCUAUUCUUCACCCUGAGUUACAGUGUUCCGUCCUCAGCAUGGCCUGUCCCAAGCUUAUGUUCACAUCGGUGAACUACUUUACUGCUGUUCUUCAGUUGUUCUCACUUACGCGUGACUGUCACUAACUACUUUUUUUACUACCAAUUCUGAACCUUGUUAGCUCAGUGGCCAGUUUUUUAGAUUCAUGGGUCUGUCUGCGGUUCUUUAUAAAAACAUUGAGUUUUCAAGCACAUUACAAAGAAGAGAAAAGUAAUAUAUCAAGAGCUGCAAGGAACCAUUAGCUUAGCAUAAAGACUAACACGAAAACAGCUUGCGUGCAUGUUACAGCUCAUCUCAUACAAAAACCUUUACUUUAUUCUACAAACUUUUAGGUUUGAACAGAUGAACAACAAAUCAGUGUCAUGUUUCUACAGCACUAGACAGGAAUGGAGUGACUAAAAUGUCAAACUGUAGCAUUAAGUAAUGUUCAUGGUGGCUUUUGAUGAACGUCAAAGGCCUCAAAGUGGAAUAAAUGAGUAUUUUUUUAUUUUUACUUUUUUAUUCUCAUUGGUUGGAUGUUCUAUCUUGGCAGGUUGUUUGUGGGUCUGUAAAGACAAGACAAGGCUUAUGGCUCUAAUAUUAACACUGUUCUAAACCUCGUCUGCACGUAUGCAUCCCCCACUCAUGCCACUUUAAACCUGGCCCUAAAUGUAACUACUGGAAAACACCCAAGGCACAUCCUACAAUAUGGUUAUUUACUAAAUAGUGGAGAAUUUGCCUUGGUUCUACCUUGAUUUUGUGUUAGUAAUUAUGGAGAAUGUAAGUAAGUUCAGAUGGUCUAUGCAUGCUACAUAUAACCGGAGAGUUCCAGAAGUCUUAUUAUAUAAACAGAAUAAGAACAAACCUUUAGAAAAUCUCUUUUAUUCUGUCUUAUAAUUACCACUUAACUCAAUACAUGUUUGCAACCUGAAGAACUUUAAAUACAAAAAGAAGCUUUGUAAAGUAAAUUAUUAUUAAAAUAUUUGGGCAUGAACACAUUUUCAUUAUUUGGAUGCAGUAUUAAUAUACUGCACCUUUGUUUCCUCUCACCGUUAUGGCCGCAAACCUGGACGAGCGUCUAUUCUGUACUCUGCUGUUAUACUUGGACUUGUUGGAACUCUGUGUGGGACCAGGUAGCUUAGACAAAAGUGUUUUAUUUAUCCAGGUUCUCCCAAUAUGUUCAAUACUUGUGUUGCUUGUUGCCCUGUAACCAUCAGCUUUUUUGUCACAGUAUCUGAGGUCGUCACUUUGUCUACCCCAGGCUCCAGUUCAGCUGCGAAAUGCAUGAUGUGCUGCAGCAGCAAGAGGUGCAUGUGUGCUGUAGCGAGUGAAUGCAGUUUGCCUUUCUAUCAGCAAGUCAUUUAAAGCAGGAAAAUGCAUGAUCAAAUCUGCAUCAAACCCAAUCCAGGUUCUGUAUAGGACACUAAAUUAGCUUGCAGGGCAAAGGCAUGAGCUCAAAGGUUUCUGAAGGGUUUUCCUUUGUUUAGGUGUCAUUAGGUCCGUGUGUGCAUAAGUUGUAUGAAUUACAGCUGGACUGUGUAAUCGGCUCUAAAUACUGCUGAAUAAAUGAUUUCCUUAUGAUCA